CCAGAUCUCCCCUAAACAGAGACAGAGAAACAAGGCGACAGAAAGAAAAGGCAAUGGCUACCUCCCAGAGACCGUAUCUCCCCUAAAUCAGGGGAAAAGGGACUAGAAGUCUUUAGUGAAAAUGUUUUUCUACAUCCUCAUCUUUCUGGCCAUCUUCUAUUUGUGGUGGAGAUGGAAGGCACAAGAUGGGCAGAAGAUUAGAGAUCUCACAGAUAAAUAUAUAUUCAUCACUGGAUGUGACUCAGGAUUUGGAAAUCUGGCAGCAAGGACUUUUGACAAGAAAGGAUUUCGAGUUCUUGCCAGUUGUCUGACUGAAGUGGGAGCAGUGGAGCUAAAAGCAGUGACCUCAGAGCAGCUCCAAACAGUGCUGCUGGAUGUGACAGAUCCAGACAAUGUUAGGAAGGUGGCAGAGUGGAUUAAAGCUGAAGUGGGGUCAGCAGGUCUGUGGGGGCUGGUCAACAAUGCGGGGAUUAUGGGACCAUCAGCGCCGACAGAUUGGUUGAAUAUUGAGCACUUCAGAGCACCGAUUGAAAUUAAUUUAAUUGGCCUCAUAAAUGUUACAUUACAUUUGCUUCCCUUGGUAAAAAAGGCCAGAGGGAGACUAGUAAAUAUAUCCAGCACUGGAGGCCGCCUGGCAGUCUGGGGGGGUGGCUAUUUUCCUUCCAAGUUUGGGGUGGAAGCAUUUAAUGACAGUUUAAGACGGGACAUGAAAGCUUUCGGAGUUAAGGUUUCUUGCAUUGAACCUGGGCUGUUCAAAACUGGACUAUCCAAUCGAAAGAAGAUCAUCAAAGAAAGGGAGACCAUUUGGAAUCAACUUCCUCCUGCCAUUAGAAAACAAUAUGGAGAGGGGUAUGUACAGAAAGAUGCAGCAAGGAAAGAAAAGUUGGUUCAGAUGCUUCAGAACACAAACCUCUCACCGGUUGUGCAAUGUAUGGAGCAUGCUCUAACAAGCAUUAAUCCUCACUCACGUUACAUUGCAGGCUGGGAUGCUAAGCUUCUUUGGAUCCCCCUUUCAAGCAUGCCUGCAGCAAUACAGGACUUUGUACUCCUGAGAAACAAAGCAGAGCUUGCGGACCCAACUGCAGGGUGAAUUCUCUUCUUCUAUUUACACUUUCCCAUUCAAAUGGGGAUGGCCCAGCUGUCUGAGUCAACAAGGACCAGCCCUUUAUUUUAGCCCUGUGCCUGCUGAGCCAAACUGAGCCGGACACCUAUUUUUUUAUAUUUCUAACAGUUUUAGAGUGUCUGUUUCUCAAAUCUGUGAUACAUAUUAUAGCCAUAGUUUUAAUCUUAUGUAUAAGCCAGGCCACAUUUAUCAAAGAAUCAAUAAAAAAUGGAAAGGUUGCAAAGAAGUGACCGAUCCUUCAUGUGUCAUCUAGCUUUAAGUGCAUAAAGCGUUAGGAAUUGGGCCAAAAAUCACCAACUACAAACCUUACAAUAUUUCGUGUAGGAUUUUUCUUUAUUCUGGAAAAUAUGAACUAGAGAGGCCAAAAUGACCAGUGAUUUGGGGGUCUCACCUUGUGAAACCUCAAAGAUGCCAGAUUUGCAAUCAGUAUCGAGCACCCACACUCAAGUUGGGCACUUAGUAACUUCUGAAAAAUGUAGGCCUCAGUCUUUCAAUGAAAUUAUUUCCAGGCAAAGAGACGACAACCUUGGUUUUGCUAAGUGCUGAGAGACUCCUGCAAGGGGGCUUUAACUUGGGUUAAAGUACAUGGGAAAAAAGGGCACAUAGUACAUGACAGGAGGAGCUCAGUAUUUUGCAAGAUUGGGCUCCUUUCGAAUUAGAUAUGACCAGAGUGCUCCAGAACAGCACAAAAUUACCUCAAGUCAUAACUGUUUAGUGGUUUGCCCAGAAAGUGGUUUCCCAUUGGGCAGAAAACUGGCCAAUGGCAAAGCCAAACGCUUUCUUUGGUCUGGUGAGUUGUUGUGACAUGACUUGGCUAAACAUUAAGCCACCCAGUGCGUGUCUAAAUAUUGCCGGUUUUCAAUUUAACUUCUCUGGAGCUUGCCAGGUAUGACUCUGCUUUCUGACUGCAGCUUGUAUUUAGUCAUUAUGUGUGUUGAGUUCAUUUAUAUUUUGCAUGAACAGAAUUGUAUGGUGGUUGUUUCCUAUUAGAACAAAUUUGAGGUGUGCUGUACAUAUGCCUGUGGCUUAGCUAUUCUUACUGCAGUGAGUAUUAGUGGGCCUGCUAUUGUAGAUUUCUUUUAAAAAUAUUUGUACUCAUGAAGGCAAAGUGGUGGGAAAGCAAACUCUUUUUAUUUAAAUCAUAAGCCUGAUAGCUGCAAUGUGAGCAUCCACGUGUUGCCACCCCAAUCACCUUAGCCUAGGCCAAUCACCUUAGCCUAGGCCUGGAAAAGCUGCUGGUUUUUUAAGCUAGAGGUCAGUCGGUCCUUAUGUUAGCCAAGUCUUUGGCCUCUGCAGAACUGAGAGCACCAGAUUGUGCUUAUGUGCUGCUUGUCCUCAGAACUGAACUGAGAUCUUUAGAUUCAUAUCAUUUAGGAGACUUGAAUUCUAUUUCCAGAUGUUAAAGGAAAGUAUUUUAUACACUGAAGGCAGGUCUACACUGCCACUUAAGUCGAUAUAACUUAUGUCACUCCGGGAUGUGAAAAAGCCACCCCCUUCAGCGACGCAAGUUACCAUGACCUAAGCGCCGUCCACAUCGGCGCUAUGUUGGCAGGAGACACUCUCCCACCAACAUAGCUUCUGCCUCUUGCAAAGGUGGAGUAAUUAUGCCAAUGGAAGAGAGCUCUCCCGUCAGCACAGAGCAUCUUCACCAGACGCACUAUUAGGGUUACUAUACAUCCGGAUUUUCCCGGACAUGUCCGGCUUUUUGGGCUCCAAAUCCCCGUCCGGGGGGAAAUCCCAAAAAGCCGGACAUGUCCGGGAAAAUCAGGACAUGCGGG